CUUGACUUUGCUUUGGAUCAGUCUUCAAUUACCAUUUGUUCUCAAAAGUCUUCGUAACCUUGGGCUGUAUUCUUCCUUGAGUCCUCUCUAAUUCAUUUGUCUUCCAAAUCAGUUAGCAAUCAUGUUGUGAGAGUUUCUGAUCUACUGAUAAAAUUACAUCCCUGAAGCCUGAAGGACACUAGCUUUCUUCUUCGAAUUUAUUGCAGGUGAAGUUUCUCAGAUUGUUGUUUUUCUAAUUCCAAUUAAGUUUUACGAUGGUGUGGUUUCCAUUUUCCAAUCUACCGGAAAUAUAUUUUGUUACUUGUUUCAUCUGUAGAACAGGAUGGAGCAAAUCGGGUCGAAUACCAUCGCUUCGUUAUCCUCUUUCACGGCCCCUCUUCCAGGUGCAGAGUAUGAGGUUUUCCUCAGCUUUCGAGGACCUGAUGUCCGCACGACUUUUGCUGAUUUCCUCUAUAGACUCCUGGAUCGUCCCAAGAUACGGACCUUUCUUGACGAUGAAGAGCUUCGCAAGGGGGAGAAGAUAGCGCCUUCUCUCGUCAAGGCAAUCAGGGAAUCGCGAAUAUACAUCCCGAUCCUUUCCCCAGGCUAUGCAUCUAGUAAAUGGUGCCUCCAGGAGCUAGCUCUGAUGGUGGAACAUUGCAAGAAAGAUGAAGGUCGUCACAUCAUGCUGCCCAUUUUCUAUUUCAUGGAGCCUAGAAAUGUGCGGCAUUGUGAGGGUUUGUAUGAGAAAGCAUUGGAACAGCAUAGUUUGAGAUAUGGCCAGGCAGCCAUCAGGGAGUGGAAGGAUGCUCUCAAUCAGGUCGGGCAAAUGACUGGAUGGCAUGUGACCGCGUCGGAUAGACAGGGAGCAGUGGCAGAAAGCGUUUUCUCUGAGGUUUGGUCACAUAUAAAGGGAAACUACACGCUUGUGACGAAUGAGUUGUUUGGAAUCGAUUCUCACGUAAACCAAGUAAUGGAGUUGCUGAAAUCAGAUUUUGAAGGCGGCGCCAGUGUCGUUGGCAUUCAUGGUAUGGGUGGUAUCGGUAAGACCACUAUCGCCAAGUCUGUCUAUAACAAGGUCUUUACACAAUUCGAGCGUCAUUGUUUUUUGGAGAAUGUACGAGAAACACUAUCGUUGAAGAAUGAUGGUGUUACAACUCUGCAGAGCAAGGUUAUUUCUAGCAUUCUAAGGGAUGAUCACAAAGUUAGAGAUGUUAGUGAAGGCAUCCACAUUAUAAAAGAUAGAGUAUGCCCUCGCAAGGUUCUCAUUAUACUUGAUGAUGUGGAUGAUCGGUUUGAGUUUGAGCAAAUCUUAGGUGAAUUAAGAAAUUUUUCCCUUGAAACUAGAUUUAUCAUCACAACACGAGAUAAAAGGGUGCUGGAGCUGCUACAAGUAUCUAAGCUCUAUGAACCUGGAGGGUUGAGUCAUGACCAUUCCCUUCAACUUCUAAGUAGAUAUGCUUUUAGAAUGGAUAACCCUCUAGAAGACUGGUCAAUUCUGUGCGAGGAGUUUGUAAAUGUUGCAGCGGGGCUUCCUUUGGCUCUUGAGGUUAUAGGGUCGCUUUUGUUCCGGAGAGAGAGAAAAUUCUGGGAAGAGAAGUUGAUAGAACUAAAGAGAAUUCAACCCACCAAGGUGCAAGAAAGAUUGAAAAUAAGCUAUGAUGAGUUGAGUGGUAGUGAAAAACAAAUUUUUCUCGACAUUGCUUGUGUUUUUAUAGGAAGAAACAAGGAAUUUCCUUCAUAUAUGUGGAGUGAUUGUAAUUUAAACCCUGAGAGUGGAAUUAGUACUCUUAUUUUGAGGUCCUUGAUAAAGGUGGAUAAGGAUAAUAUAUUUUGGAUGCAUGACCAUGUAAGAGACCUUGGGAGAACAAUUGUUCGCGAAGAAGAUUUUCAACAUUCUUCGAAGCGGACCAGAAUAUGGUCCAACGAGGAUGCGGUCGACAUGUUAAUCAAUGGAGAGGGAACAGAUAGGUUGGAAGUUCUUAGAGUUAACAUGACCGGCGAGGAUUUUGAGCUCACGGAGAAGGAAUUUCGGAAGUUGUCAGGGUUAAGGUAUCUCGAAGUGCGAUAUGGAAAUCUGUCUGGAGAUUUUAAAAAGAUCCUACCGAAUCUGCGUUGGCUGCUACUUUAUUAUUGCAGUUCAAUCCCUAUUGAUUUCAAUGUAAAGAAAUUGGUAAUUCUGGAUCUGAAGGGUUGCGGUGUAAGAGAUGACGGGGGAAGCUGGGGCAGAAUCAAGGAGGCACACAGGCUGAAAGCUAUAGAUGUAUCGGACUGCGACAAAGUGGGAGAAGUUCCGGAUUUGUUCGGUUGUAGAAGUCUAGAACGGAUAAAUUUCUAUGGGUGCUCAGAGAUGGGCGGGGAGCUUCACAUUGACAAUUUUAAGGAUCUGAGAGUGCUAAACAUUGCUGUGACUAAGAUAACAAAGUUGAUAGGUGACAUUGGAAGGCUUCAGAAUCUGCAAGAGAUCUCGAUAGAGCAUUCGUGCUUGAGAGAAAUUCCUGCUAGCAUUGGUAAACUGUCCUCACUCGAGAUCUUGGACCUAACAGGGGUUAAAAUUGAAGUACCAGAACUCCCGACAAGUUUAAAGAGGCUAAACCUCUCAUCUCCUACCGUUCCCAAUCUCUUGGAGCUCAAGGACUUGGAGUGGCUAUGGUUGAGUUGUAAUACACUUGAGAUUCCUGGGGAUAUGUGGAAGCUGUCCAAGUUGAAGGAUCUGACGUUAAUUCAGGUUGAGAUUGGAAAGGAUGCCCUUGUUCUUCACCAAGAAUCAGUGGACCCCGAUGACCAGAAUCAUUAUUCUCGACGACAUGGUAUGAAAACACUUUUUACUUCAUCGUCUGCCCUCCCAUCAUCUCUGAACACCCUGUUGAUACAGGGUUGUCAUCCAUUGGAGAGACUGCCGAACUUUGCGAAUCUGAGUAAUCUGAUAAACUUAACUUUGAGAUAUAUUGGGGUACGUGAGAUCACCGGUCUGGGAGAGCUGAGGAUGCUGGAGAACUUCCACCUAUGGAAUGCUUCACAUCUAAUUAUUCUCGAUGGCCUCGAACAUCUAGAGCUUCUGAAGGAAUUGAGGGUGAAUGGUUGUGGUGUACUGAGAAAACUGGCCAGCUUGUCAAAUUUGUCUAGGUUAAGAAAGCUCGAGAUCAUUGAUUGUCCGCUCCUCUCUGAAAUCCAUGGCCUUGGCGAACUGGGGGGUUUAUCGAUUCUAUGGAUCAGGAGAUGUGAUCAGUUGUGUGGGGCGAUGGGGCUUGACAAAUUGGAGUCACUGCAAGAAUUGUGGAUCACAGAUUGCGUGGCGAUUAAGAACUUGCCGGAUCUAUCUGGUUUGAAGCACUUGUCAGAGUGGAGAAUUGCUGGAUGCAAUCAGUUGACUGGGGUGACGGGACUUGACAAAUUGGAGUCACUGCGACAAUUAGAGAUUACUGAUUGUGCAUCGAUAAAUUAUCUGCCUGAUCUUUCUGCUUUGGAGCAUUUGUGGGCGUUGAAAAUUACGGGAUGCAAGCAGUUAACUGAAGUUACUGGGCUUGACAAAUUGGGGUCAUUGCAACGAUUGGAGAUUACAUGGUGCGAUUCGAUUAGGAAGCUGCCUGAUCUAUCUGCUUUGGAGCACUUGUGGAAGUUGAAAAUUGCUGGAUGCAAUCAGUUGACUGGGGUGAUGGGGCUUGAAAAAUUGGAGUCAUUGCAACUAUUGAGGAUUACUGAUUGCGCGUUGAUUGAAAAGCUACCCGAUAUAUCUGCUUUGAAGCACUUGUGGGAUUUUAGAAUUAUUGGAUGCAAUCAGUUGACUGCAGUUUCUGGGAUAGAGAGAUCGGGGCCGGUGAAGUUGCUAACUAUUGAUGGAAGGCUAAAGACGCGAAAAAGAAAGAUUCCAGAACCCCAAGUCCACUGAAAAGGGUAUGGAAAUGUGUGUGGUGUUCAUGUCUCGUUUGCAUGAGUGUUGUUGCUGGGAGCUGGUCAGCAUUUGGGAAGCUUAUGCAUUUUUCUUAAAAAUCGUUUAAUGCUUGUAUAUGAAGAACUCUAAAAGGUACCAUACUCCAGUUAGUUACUACUGAAAUUCAGAAGAAGCCUGUCGAAAUUCCUGUUUGUUUUCUUGGUUUCUAUCUGAAUUUCUGAACGCCACUUGGCUAGUAGGAAGAAGGUUUGAUGUGCUAGUUGAAGAUCUCAAAGCAGCAGCCAUAUGCGAGGAUGUCAAAAGUAUUUUCGCUGCUAAAAGUAGCUUAAUUUGUGGCUGAAUCAGAGUCGUAUCCAGGUCGAGAAUGUACGGGCAUGGCAGCUUGCUCACCCAACUGGGACAGCAGAUGAAUGCCUCGACUGAAUGAAGAAUCCUGCUCGAA